AUGCGAACAGUGGUCGGUGGUGGUCUCAUACCACCAUAUAAUCAAAACUUGGACAGCAAUUCAACGGAACAACGACCGCCAUCACAAUUUGGUCUUAGUUGGUAUUGGGAUAUCAAGAAGGAUGGUCGCCGAUACAUUGGCCAUAGUUUGAAAUGUGGAGCCAAGUGGGAAGAUCGCCCUACAGAAAGAAAAAUGAUUGAUACAUUAACACCUCGAAUCAUAUUGACGCAUUUAUACCGGAAGCUGUGUGAUAUUCAAUUGUGGAAAUACUAG